CACACCGGUUUUUUUAAUCUGUUUAUUACUAUGCAUGUAUGUCAUUUUGUGUUUUAUAAAUUCGUCUAUAUGGUCUAUAAUGAUAGAAAGUAAAUAAAAGUUUACAAAAUUCCUCUAUGUAGAAUUUGUUAUUUUAUAGUUUUUCAUUUAUAAUUUAAUACUCACUGUUGUUUCUGUUUAAAAAUACUGAAUGAUCAAUCAAAUCUCGCAGACUAAUCUGAAAAGUAAACGCCCACAAGUGUCUUCUCUGAUGUACUAAAAACAAAGACUUAAGCUAUUGUAUGUUUUUGAGACAAAUUUUUCAACUAGGAUGAGUAUUUUAAAAAAAAGGUUAAAUAAAUAUGAUGAGAUUCUCAAUGCUGACAAGAUUGACAUUCCCAACCUCAAGAAAUUAUGUUUUCAUGGAAUACCAGAUGAAGGUGGUUUGCGGUCUUUAUGUUGGAAAUUGUUACUAAAUUAUCUUCCCAUUACAAGAGCUAGUUGGUCAGAGACUUUGACACGAAAAAGGGAAUUAUACCGCACGUUUAUAGAGGAUCUUAUUGUUACGCCAGGAGAAUCAAAUGCCGAUGGAGAUAGAGUUGACGUUACAUUAUGUGACCAUCCCUUAAAUUUAAAUCCAGACAGUCAAUGGCAAACGUACUUUAAGGACAAUGAAAUUUUACUUCAAAUAGACAAAGAUGUCAGGAGGCUGUGCCCAGACAUAUCAUUUUUUCAACAAGGUACAGAUUUUCCUUGCAAGGUAAUUGUGACUGGCAAUGGACAAAAACGUCUUCAUCGACGAGUUCAACACACUGUUUUACGCAGUGCAAACGUUGAAAGAAAAGGACUUGGUGUAACUAAGGAACAGCAGAUUGCAGUGUCUGUAAGAAAGGCGAUAGAAGAUUACGCACCUCUACAAGAAGGAAGCGAGGCUCAUUGGGAAGUUUUGGAGAGAAUUCUAUUUUUAUACGCAAAAUUAAAUCCUGGCCAAGGCUAUGUUCAAGGAAUGAAUGAAAUUUUAGGUCCUAUCUAUCAUGCAUUUGCCUGUGAUCCUUGUAUUAGUUGGAAAGAAUAUGCGGAAGCAGAUACGUUCUUCUGUUUUACAAAUUUAAUGGCAGAGAUAAGGGACUUCUUUAUAAAGACUUUAGAUGAAGCUGAAUUUGGAAUUAAUUCAAUGAUGAUUAAAUUAACUCAACAUGUGAAAGAUAAUGAUCGCGAAGUUUGGCAGCGAUUAAAUCAACAGGAACUUUGUCCUCAAUAUUAUAGUUUUAGAUGGCUCACAUUACUUUUAUCACAAGAAUUUCCAUUACCUGAUGUCAUGAGAAUAUGGGAUUCCUUAUUUGCUGACGAACAACGAUUUGAUUUUCUCAUUCACAUUUGUUGCGCAAUGAUAAUAUUACUAAGAGAUCAAUUACUUGUCAGUGAUUUUGCAGCAAAUGUCAAACUCCUUCAGAAUUUUCCAUCCAUGGACAUACAGAUUGUUUUCUGCAAAGCUGCAGCUCUUGCUGGAAUAUCUCUCGACGCGUAAUGAAAAACGAAAUUUUUCCUUCCGGAAAUCAGGGACUGAGAUUGUUAUUAUUUCUAAAUUGAAUAAUUUUUUUAGUUUCAUUUAUUUGCUAUAUAGUUUUGUAAGAUAAAACUUAUAAAAGAAAAUCUAUAUUAAUUUUAUCAAUGAAGACAAUUAAGUUCAAUUCUUCAUUAUGGAUAUUAUGGCUUAUUUAACUUUUUUGAUGACUCUGUAUGGCAAGAAAUUCUUGUCAAUCGCAGAGAAAAAAAACAGUUGAUGUCAGAUCUGAUAUUUAAAUAUGCACCCGACUUAUCAGAGUGCUCUUAUUAUGAUAAAAUACUUUUUUUACUACAAUAUAUGUCAGUUGAUAUAUUCUAUUUGACAAUAUGAAAUUAAUGAAGAGUAAAUAAUAUAUUUUUAAAAGUUAAACUAAUUUAAUAUAUUGAAAUCCAAGUCUAUAAUACUUGAGGCAGAAGGUCAAAUACUUUCUGCUUGGUUUUAAAUAACCGUAUUUUGCACAUUAAAUGAGAUUU